GUGGAAAGUUAUAUUGUCACAGUAGACUUCGACAUGGCAACGCUAACCGUUCUGGCCCUCCUUCUGUUUGCAGGCAUUGCCUCUUCUUCACCGGCCUCACGUAUCUCGGGAGGCACAGAGGCAUCGGUUGAGAAGUAUCCCUCUAUCGUGCAAGUGGAAUUUUUGGGCACAGCCUCCGGUAUCUGGUCGCAAUCUUGCGGAGGACACAUUCUGACCGCUCGCUAUGUGUUGUCUGCUGCUCACUGCUUCCAUGGAAUUUUCUACGACCCCAAAAACCGGCGGAUCCGGGCUGGCUCUUCAGAACGCAACACCGGUGGCAUCCUUGCCUACGUAGAUGUAGAGAUCAACCACCCAACAUAUGGUGCCAAUGACAUGGAUGGUGACAUCUCCGUCGUCCGCCUCCUGACCUCUUUGGUGUACAGUCCAGUUGUGCAACAAGGUCCCAUUAUUAUUCAUGGAUUUGUCCUUCCUUACCGCCUGCCUGUUACACUUGCUGGUUGGGGCGCUACUGAGGUCGGAGGCUUAGCUUCAUCCCAACUUAUGGAGUCUAGUGUUGAAAUUCUGGACACAGAAGUCUGUCAAGAAGAGUAUGGAGCUCUGUCCAUUCCUCGAGAGGUUACUGACAACAUGAUCUGUUCCAGUCUUUUGGACCUCAAUGCCGGAGACGCCUGCCCGGGUGACUUUGGAGGUCCUUUGUACUAUGAUGACAUCCUCGUUGGUAUCUUGUCUUGGGCUGAAGGUUGUGGCUCCAACUCCUUACCCGCUGUCAGCACCCGUGUGGCCUCAUAUACUAACUGGAUUAUUGAUGCUGCUGUCUAAGGAAUGUUUUGAUCAACGGAUGAAGAAGAUCAAAGUAAAUGCCUAUGUGUUUUGUCUUACACGAUUUAAGUUAUGGGAGAUUUAAAUAUACUUUUAUAGAAAACUG